AUGCCGAAGAAGCUCGGCCGAUACUUCAGGCCGAUCGUCCUGCAGAAGUAUCACGGCGUUGUGCGGAAUUCUCGUCACACGUUAAGACUUCAACCCUCCGUGAACCGGCGCGGCUUCCCCUGUCCCAGGUGUGCCCGUGUCUUCCGCACUUCCGGCGGCAUGAGCCGGCACUACCGGCUCGAGUGCGUCGACAUGCCGCGCUUCAAGUGUCCGCACUGCGAAAUGCGUAGCAAGUACACGCAGGCUGUAUACAGGCACAUCCGGGCGAAGCACCGCAACAUGGAGCUGCGAUUCGUCAAGCUGUUAGCGGCCGGGGCCAAGUCCGGCCUGAAUCACAGUAGAACCAUGCCCUACAGCGAUAGCUGGUCCAGCUUUCCCCAUUGCGCCCCUCCGGCCGUGCCUCACAGUUUCUCGCCGAAGGACUCUGUAAUGCGACACCAACGAUUCCGCGGCGAUCAUCGUGAGAAACGCUACUUCCGAUGCAUCUACUGCGAGUACCAGUCCAAGUACAGCUCGAACGUUUACAAGCAUAUGCGAAGGAUUCACAAGCAUAUGCCCUUCUUCAAGCCAGAUCGAUUGCAGAGUGGCCGAAUAAUCGAACAUGAGGAGAGAUACUUCUGUCCGCGGUGCGGUAGCUCCUUCAGCAAGAAGAGCAACAUGCUGACACAUUAUAGGCACGAGUGCGGAAAAGAGCCGAGGUUCCAGUGUCCUUACUGCGGAAAGAAAGACAGAAAGUCCUCCAACACUUACAGGCACAUCAGGAUGCAUCAUAAAGGCAGCAACAUCCAGGCGUAUCGGCUAUACUGA